AUGUAUAUUUGCUAUGGUGGACUGAAACAAGGUUUCAAUGAGGGGUGUAGACCACUCAUAGGAUUGGAUGGCUGCCACAUUAAAGGGGUACAUUCAGCUCAAUUGUUGACUGUAGUUGCCAUAGAUCCAAAUAACCAGAUGUAUCCAUUUGCUUUCGCUGUAGUGGAGAUAGAAAACAAAGACUCUUGGAGUUGGUUUGUGAAUUUGUUGAAGGAAGAUUUGAAGAUUGAGAAUUCCCUUCACUGGAGCUUUAUUACAGACAAACAAAAGGGGUUAGAGCAGGCAUUAAAGGGUAUGUGGGAAGAUGGGAUACCCGAAGCUGAGCACAGACAUUUUGUUAGGAACUUGGAAAACAAUUUCAUCAAGGUGUUUAGGGAUAAAACACUGAAAACCCUAAUGUGGAAGGCUGCUAGAGAGUCCACUGUUCGAAGAUUUGAACUUGUGAUGGAAGAGAUCAAAGUGUUGAAUGAGGAAGCCUACAAGUGGUUGAUGGAUGCGAGACCACAACAUUGGAGCAGAUCACACUUUAGGACCACUCCUAAAUGUGAUAUACUUGUCAAUAACAUGUGUGAAGGAUUUAAUGGCACCAAGUCCAUAUUGGCGGCUAGAGAUAAGCCCAUCUUCUCUAUGCUUGAGAGGAUUAGAAUGUACCUAAUGGAAAGACUUUCUAAAAAUAGACACUCUGUAGUCAUGUGGCCGUCUAACAUAGAACCAAAAGUUUCAAAACAACUCGAGAAGAACAAGAUUGAUGCAUGGGGUCAUUUGCCAACACUUUCAGGAAAUUUGAUUUACCAAGUGGAGAAUAUGUAUGGUAGCAUGUUUUCGGUGAAUUUAAAUCACUGGAUGUGUUCUUGCAAAAAGUAG